AACGUGGUCGGCUUCUGCUCGUUCCCGCAGCAGAUGAGGGACUUCCUGCUUUACCGGAGGUGCCGGGCUUUCCCGGUCCUCAUGGAACCCUCCGAAUCUUGCCGGCACCGUCCCUCCCUCCUCCUGGUCAUCAAGUCCCGGCCCCCGCACUUCGAGAACCGCCAGGCCAUCCGCCAGUCCUGGGGGGGGCUGCGAAAAACGGGGGACGUGACGUUGGGGCGGGUGUUUCUCCUGGGGGAGCAAGGCAAGGCCGACCACUACCCCGACUUGUCUCGGCUCCUGGCGGUGGAGCAAAGGGAGUUCGGGGACCUGUUGCAGUGGGGCUUCCGAGACACGUUCUUCAACCUGACCCUCAAGGAGAUACUGUUCCAGCGCUGGCUGGCGGAGCGCUGCCCCGGCCCUCGCUACAUCUUCAAGGGGGACGACGACGUCUUCGUCAACACCGACCGGAUGCUCGACUACGUGCUGGGCUUGGGCCGGAGGCAGAGGAGGAACCUGUUCGUCGGGGACACCAUCUUGGACGCCCUGCCCUCCCGUGACCUCCGGCAGAAGUACUACAUCCCUCGGGCGUUCUACGCCGGGAGCUACCCGCCUUACGCCGGGGGUGCCGGGGUUCUGUUCUCCGCGGACCUGGCGAGGAGGCUCCUCUGGGUCUCGGCUCAGGUCCCCCUCUUCCCCAUCGACGACGUCUACGUGGGGAUGUGCCUCUCCCGCCUGGGGGUCGCCCCCCAAAGGCACGAGGGCUUCCGGAGUUUCGGGAUUGCCGAGCGCAACAAGUGGGACGUGUGCACUUACCGGCAGCUGCUUGUGGUUCACAGACGCACCCCCCACGAGAUGAUCCGCCUCUGGAUCUCCAUCCGUCAACACAACCGUACCUGCCCCCCGCCGAAGGCACAAAGGAACACGAGAAUAGGAUGAGGCCAUUCAGCCCCUCGAGCCUGUUCCAUCACUCUACUA